UAAAAUUUUCAUAAAUAGAAUGUAUGGUCGCCGGAAGCGUUUUUGUGUGAGAGAAAGGUGCCCAGAUGUCUAUGGGAGAGGACGGAAGGAAUGUCCUGGAGACGGGGAGAGCGGACCGCUCGGUGUGGCUAAUGAAGUGCCCGACUCUGGUAUCGAAGUCGUGGCAGUCCACUGCUGCGCUGUCGUCGUCGGAUUCCGGCAUCGCCAAGGUCGUGCUCUCCCUCGACCCCGUCCACAACGAUGAGCCCAACGCGCUCCAGUUCAAGAUGGAGUUGGCUCAGAAAGAUGGUGUCAAUACACCCAAGAGCUAUUCCUUAAACAUGUUCAAAGAUUUUGUUCCCAUGUGUGUUUUCUCAGAAUCAAGUCAAGGAAAAUGUGCAUUGGAAGGGAAGGUUGAGCAUAAAUUUGACAUGGAACCUCAUAGUGAAAACUUUGGGGAAUAUGGCAAACUUUGCCGUGAAAGGACAAGCAAAGCUAUGAUAAAAACCAGACAAAUUCAGAUAAUUGACAAGGAUCAUGGUGUUCUUAUGAGGCCCAUGCCUGGUAUGGUUGGCUUGGUUCCAUCUGGUUCAAAGGAUAAGAAGAAGGUUGCACCAGUGAAGGGAUCUGAUGUUAAACGAACGAGAAGGGACCGUAGAGAACUUGAAAAUAUCAUCUUUAAGCUUUUUGAAAGGCAGCCAAACUGGGCGUUGAAGCAACUGGUUCUGGAAACAGACCAACCCGAGCAAUUCCUCAAAGAAAUACUAAAUGAUCUCUGCGUAUACAACAAACGUGGACCGAACCAAGGAACCCAUGAGCUCAAGCCGGAAUACAAGAAAUCAGCCGAGGAUGAAAUGCAACAGAACUGAGCACAAUACCAUGGUUGUUGAUUUCAGUAGCUGUGAUCUGUAGUUAAAAAUCCUUUUAGAGGUGUGUUAGUUAAUGCUGAGAAGGCGAUAGCUUGGAAAAAAAUUUAUCAAUACUUCUUCAACCAAAGGAUUGGCGGAAAAUUCUAUAUUGGAUAUAUCUAUUUGGUCAUAUACUGAUGAGCGACAUUUACUUUGUGUGGGUAUUGGUGGGUGGCAACAAUGUUGCAGCUACUGUAUCGAUAUACGUGAAAAUGUCUAGAAAUUCAAAGGGGUUUACGUUUUGUUUUAUAUGGAUAGUUAUCUGAUUAUUUGGUUUUGUUUUGUUUGAAGGAAUUGGUAGCGAGGAAAUUAAAAUGUUAAAGGGGAAUUGAAUUGAAUUUGAUUCUCAAUGGUCUCGUAGGAGGAAAUUCUGUGAAUUCUU